AUGGUUGGUGGCGACGUGGUGCGGUCGAGAAUGACGCGAAGGUCGGUCGACGUGACCGCUGGCCAAAGGGCGACUGGGCGUGAAGGUUGCGUGACCGGCUUCGAACGUGGUCCUCCUCGUCGUCGGCGUCGUCGUCCUCGUCCUCGUCCUCGUCCUCGUCGUCGUCGUCGUCGUCGUCGGCCAAAGGCUUUGCUUCCCGAACGGGGUGCUUCGGCCACAAGAGCGCAUCGUGCGCCGCGGCUGGGGCGCGCUGGCGGCGCGACUCGAGCCUGUCCGCUGGUCGGUUGUCGCGUGUCCCGGGCCAGUGGAGCCGCAAGACCGCAGGACUCGCGCGAGCUCUACGAAAUCUAUCGUCUUGACGACAAUCUCGACCACCUCGACGACGUUGACGACGUCGAGGAGGGCAAAGAGGUGAGUGAGUCGAACAAGAAGAAACAACACACCUGCACAAUUAGUCUCCUCGGUCGGUCGGUCGGUCGGUCGGUCGGUCGGUACCACUUGGCUGGUUCGGAUUGA